GAAAAUGAUCGCGAACUCAUCGAAGCUCGAUAUUUAAUCUUAUCUUCUACCUGUCAUCGACUGUCGCAUUGCUCGAUAGCAAAUCGAACUUCUGACAUUCGAAGCUUGAAUUUCUGAUUUUUCGCGGUGUUUGCAGUUUAAUGAUUUUGGGAUUAAAUGAUUUAGGAUCUAAGCCGUGCAAUAGUUGUAAAAACUUAAAGCUUCAGCCGUUUAGAGCGCUAGUUGCUGGCUAAAAUUCCGAGAGAAAGUCAAAGUGCACUGGUGCAUUACGUCUUUGGCAGUAGUUUACGUGGUGUUUUUCUUCGCGUACCGAGCAAAAUAUACAGGAGUUACACAUCGUGUAUGCAAAAACAUCAAGAUAAUUUAAUUACCGCGAGAUCGAUCGAGAACGAGACUCUGCUCCGUUUAUUUACGAUCUUUAAAAAAUGACGUGUUAGUUUAUUUUCUGCUUCACUAUUUCAUGAACACCAAGAUGGGUACUACUGAUCAACAUCUGACUAGUUUGAUCAAGUGGCUUUCGACGUUCGAUUUGAGGUCCCCUUACAAAACAAUAGACGAUAUCAGCAGUGGAGAGGCCUUGGCCGAAGCUCUUACACAAAUAGCUCCAGAAUGGUUUACUCCUAUGUGGUACUCCAAAAUCAAAAGAGACAUUGGCAACAAUUGGAGAUUGAAAGUGAGCAAUCUCAAAAAAAUCAUCGAAGCUGUCACAGAGUACUACGUAGAAUGUUUGAAUCAGCCACUGUCGGGCUACAUCAGGCCAGAUGCUCAAAAAAUAGGUGAACACUGCGAUAAUCAACAACUCAAGAGACUCAUGCAGUUAGUACUUGGUUGUGCUGUGAACUGCAACGAAAAACAACUGUACAUUACAAGAAUCAUGGGAUUAGAAGAAUCUGUGCAGCAGGUCAUUAUGCAAAGUAUACAAGAAUUAGAAAACAGCGUACAUGGACCAAAGCUUAGUCUUGGAGCAAGUUUAAAUUUUGAAUCGUUUGAUGCUGCAGAUGGGAGUCAAAAUAGAUUAUUAGCAGAAUUGCAAGCAGCAGUUGAUUCAAGGGAUAAUUUGGCUCAAAGAUGCCAUGAAUUAGACCAACAAUUAUUGCUCUUGCAAGAAGAAAGGAACACAAUGCAAUUGGAAAAUAAAAAAUUACAAGAAAGAUUAGAUGAAUUUGAAAGCAUAGAGGAUGGUGGAGCUCCUAACAGUCUUAAAUAUUCUGGUUUGAGAAAACAAAUUGAAGCUCUUAAGGAUGAAAUGUUUAAACUUGAAACUUCACGAGAUGAUUAUCGAUUGAAAGUAGAACUACUAGAAAAGGAAAUUCUAGAACUUCAAAUGAAACAUAUAGAACUGCAAAAAGCUGCAGACGAAGCAAAUCAUUUGAAAGAUGAAGUGGAUGCUUUACGUGAAACAGCUGAUAAAGUAGCCAAAUAUGAACUUAGCAUUGAAUCAUAUAAGAAAAAAAUGGAAGAUUUCAGUGAUCUGAGACGACAAGUGAAAAUUUUAGAAGAUAAAAAUACAGAAUAUUUACAAAAUAAAAUUGAGUACGAAGAAGAGGUCAAACGAGCUAAUUUGUUGCGCAGCCAUUUAGAAUUAUGUAAAAAGCAGUUGGCUGAAGUACAUCAUAAAUUAGAUGAGCAAAAUAAUAAAUGUGACAAGCUGGAAUAUGAAUCAAAGAAACUAGAAGCUCAACUUGGAGCUGUGCAACGUGAAAGAGACAGAUUGAUUGUUGAGAGAGAUACAUUAAAAGAAACUAAUGAAGAACUCAAAUGUACACAAUUUACUGCAGUGCAAAAUGUUGGAAAUUUGAGCACUGACGAAGCAGUAGUCAAUACUGAAAUUAUACCACCUGCAAUUAAGGAAAAAUUGGUGCUUCUACAGCACGAGAAUAAAAUGUUGAAAUUAAAUCAGCAGAAGGGUGUCGAUGAUAAAUCACCCAUACAAGCUUUAUUGGAUGAUUCAGAGGAAAGAUUGAACAAUCUCAGAGCCCAAAAUCGUAAAGCUAAUCAGAAAAUAUUAGAAUUAGAAACAAAAAUCGAGGAAAUGACAGGUACUACGGAUUCUGGGAAAUCCGUGCCCAAAGUUCAAUCUCUGCAAGACGAGCUUCAUCGCUUGCAGUCCGAGUGCGAGCGACUGUCCGUCCACAACGAGGAGCGCGAAAGCUCCCUUCAGACUCAGAAGCAAAAGAUACAAUCUCUGCAGGAGACCCUGUCGAGAAAGGAAUGCGAACUCGCGUCUCUCGAGGAUCGCUACAAGAAAUACGUGGAGAAAGCCAAGAGCGUCAUCAAAAUCUUAGAUCCCAAACAGCAGAGCGGCAGUCCUUCGGACUUGCUCCGAAACAGGGACGAGAAGGACAAGCGAAAAGACGAGAAUCCCGAAGCCAAAUUGUUCCGCGAAAUGGAAGAGAAAUUAAUGAUAUCGGCGUUUUAUCAAUACGGUCUGACCAGGCAUCGAGAAGCCGUCGAUCAAAGAUUGGCGGUGUUGGCCUCUGGACAGGGACAAUCUUUCUUAGCUAGGCAAAGACAACCUACUACUCGAAAGACAUAUACGACUUAUAAUUCGAAAUAAUUUAUUGUACUAUCAUCUUUUUUAACACAUUUACGAAUGUGGGAUGGUUGUCUUGUAAAUUUGGAAAGGGACACGUGCAAGCAAUUUUGUUGAAAUUGUCAAAAUAAUUUAAAAGAAAGCAAAGCACUGUAAAAGAACUGUGCUGUGGAAUCUUCAAGUACAGAGAUAUUCUGUAUUUAAUAAUCUGUCUUCAUUUAAUGGACGUUAUUUGUACAUCAAUGCUUGAUUUUUUUCAUUUAGAUAUUUUUUUGUUGUGUUGUGUUUACAAUAUUAUAUGU